CCCCUCUUGGUACACAGAACGCCCGCGAGGUAAUCGGGCUCCUCGCCCCCCUCGGACGUCGACUAUGCCGUGCCCCUGUUCGCGCUGAGCAGGCUGGGGUACACGGUGCUGACCCUCUCCCUGCGCAUCGCGCCCGCCGCCGUGGCAAACCUGCUGCGCCGGACCGGCUGCCGCCGCGUCAUACGACCGCGUCACUCUCGUCAACGGCGAGAAGGUGCUGCCGCUGCCCAUCGAGGGCCGCCUGCGCGAGGACGCGCUCGUGCGCGAGGCCGUCGCCGUCGGCAUCGACAGGCCCGUGCCGGACCUGCUCGUCUUCCGGGCAGAUUCCUCCGAGGACGGGGACGACGGCGAGGAGGAGGCGUACCUCGACCCGGAUAUGGCCGCCUUUUCGCAGAUCACGCGGGACAUGGUCGCCGUCCUCCCCGCGCGCACCCCGUGCCCGCGCACCCCGUGCCCGCGCACCGACAAUGGGAGCAUCAUCAGGGCGCAGGUCUACGCGCGGUUCGCGCCUGAGAUCGACGCGCUGUACCGGCGGCUGCUGGGCGGCGGCGGCAGCGAUGACGUUCAAAGCACCACCGAGUCCACGAAUCCGCCCUCACCUAGCCGUAGUAGAGGCUACACCGCCUCGUGCAAGGAGAGCUUGGCUGGGCUGGAGGAUGUGGUGGCCAGUGUGUUCCGCGACGCCAUGGGGCGGCCGAUGCCGUCGGCCGACGCCGACUUCUUCGCGGCCGGGGUGGACAGCCUGCGCGCGAUCCAGAUGCGGCGGGGGCUGCAGCGCGCCCUGGGGCUCCCGGGCUCGGCGCUCGGGGCCAACGUGGUUUACGACUGCCAGAACGCCGCGCGGCUGGCGAGACACCUGCGCGCUCUGGUGGCUGCGCAGGAGAGCGGCGGCGCCACCAUCGCCGGUGACAGUAACAGUAGUGCCAGUGAGGGAUACAGGUCGACCUCGGCCCGCACUUCUAUCAGCUCUGCAAAUGUGGAAGCUUGUGAUACGGUCGAUACCCAUCUCGGCGAGAAUAACCUGAUGCAGCAAUAUAUCGAAAAAUACUCGGACGCGGGCGAGACUGUGCUUCUCAGCGGCGCUACUGGAUCCAUUGGCGCACAUACUCUGCAUCGCAUGGCUUCAAGUCGGGACGUGAGACGGGUAUAUUGCCUGGUUCGAGGCACGAACCCAAUAGCCAGGGUUUUGGAGUCUCUUUCUCGGCGAGGCCUUGCGCUCGACGGGCCAGCGAUGGCCAAGGUCUCGGCCCACACUGCGGAUCUUGGGACUGCUGAUUUCAACGACCUGCUCGGGGUCAGAGACGCCGCUCUGUCAGCACGAGUUGCUGCGGACGGUGACGCUGAUUGUGCACAUCGCAUGGCCCGUCAACUUCAACAUCAAGCUGGCCAGCUUCGAGCCGCACAUCCGCUACCUGAGCAACCUGCUCCGCUUCUCCACAGAAGUGGCGCGGGAGCGGCAAGACGGGCAGCCGGCCAGGCUCUUCUUCUGCUCCUCCAUCUCGGCGGCGGCCAACAGCAACGUGACGCCGGUGCCGGAUGGACCGCUCGGGGACUUGCGCAGCGCGGCCGAUACGGGCUACGGGCAGAGCAAGCUUGUGGGAGAGCACCUGGUGCUCAACGCGGCGCGGCGGGGCGCCCGAAGUUACGUGCUGCGCAUCGGCCAGGUGGUGGGCGACGCCGAGAACGGGGUCUGGAACGAGGUCGAGUUCGUCCCGGCCAUGAUACGCUCCGCAUUAACCCUUGGGGUGCUACCGAGCUUGGAUCGGACUUGCUCAUGGCUCCCCGUUGACACGCUCGUGAACCGCCAUCCUCUAGCUCUCACAGACACUGGCAGACGCACCGCUCCCAUGCGAAGUUAAUGGGCGGUCGCCCCGGUCAACCCCCACGAGUUCCAGCUCAAGGCGGCAGGCCUAGACUUCGAGGUCGUGCCUCGGCGCAUCUGGCUCGAAAGGCUGCGCGAGAGUACCGUGCGGGGCGGCGAGGAGGAGCGCAACCCCGCGGUGAAGCUGAUCGAAUAUUGCGACAAGGAGUUUGGCGGGAGCCUCGGGGCGGCAGGCAAGGAAGAGAAGACGGCCCGAGCAGUCGGCGGCGCGGCGGUUUUGCGACGGCCACCGUGGACAAUCGAGGACGGUUAUGUUCGCAGGUUCGUGAGCAGGUGGCUCGAGAGUUGGACCUCGGCUCGACGAGAGCCAAGUUCCUAAGAGUGUCUGUCGGUUUGAGGUCUGGUUGUCGUGCAUGUGAAGCAGCCCGUUUCGCGAGGGACGGUGAUAUCGAUGCCGGAUAUGGAAGGCGCCCUACGGAGGUGUGAGGGUUAAAUAAUCUACAGUGGGGAGGUCACUCGUGAAGCGAGGGCAGGGGCCAGGGGUAUGCACUAGCCAAUCGAUUAAAACGCGUGUGGGCGGACUCGAAUUUGUGCUGCGACUGAUGUUAAAAAAGAAAUGUAGGCUAGGCCUUAUUUGGUAGGG